UGGCAUUUAGGUGCUAGGCAAUAAAGAAAGCCCUUCCCGAGCUCGCGUGCAUACAUAGCGCUGCACUUUCUUGUUGCAUCAAAACCAUCAUGCGCAUAUCCGUAGUUUCUUCGCCUACCUCACCACAGCACACACCAUAGCAUCACCCGUGCUAGUCCAUCCAUACGUUACCGCGCCUGGCAUGGCGUUAAAGGACAAGGUAGUGCUCAAAAUGGGCGACACGAUAGUGGAUGUGUUCAUGGGGCCGGUCUACGUGGAGAGCGCGCUCCGCCACCACCCGCACCACGCGCUCUUCUCGCCCGCCGACGCCAGCAGCACGUCGCUCUUCGCCAAGCGCGAGGGUCCGCUUCCCCCCGGGCGGAUUCUUAAGCCGGGGCGGUGCUACCACCUCGUGCGGAAGGCGCAAGGGAAGAGCGGAAUUACGGGCGGAGAGGACUCCGCCGCGCAUUCGGAUGAUGGGGGGACGGCGGGGCGGAAGCCUCCGCGGGAUUUGCGCAAGACGCCUUCCGCUAACGGCAGGAACGAGCGCCAAUCGUCUCCGCCCUCCGCGUAUCCCACCUCCGGGGUUCCGCCACUGGCGCACGUGCCUGCGCGGUCCCCGCCGCGCGGCACUAUCUUCGCGAAGCCCCGCCAUCGCGUCAACCACAGCACCAGCGCGCUUCCCGACGUCUCCCCCGACGUCUCUCCGCCGCCCGCCCGGGGUGCAGCAGCCUUCCCCGCAGUCGCGCAUGCCCCUGCCCACGAGGAUGGCGGAGCGGGCAGGCGCGCGGGGGAAGCGGCGGGGGAGACUGGCGGGACGGCGCCCAACUGGAAGGCGGGGGAUACCCGUGCGGGGGAUGGGCAGCGCGGGGGGCUGGCGGCUUCCCCCGGACGGCUGAUGGUGCCCGCGCUGAGGCGGUCUAGGCGCGGCAUGCACCGCCCCUGCAGGUCGCUGAGCGGCAGCCCGGGGGAGAUAGAGGGGCUCGCCGCGGGGGAGUGGGGGGAGGAGGAAGGAAGGGGGAAGGCGGGGGACGGGAGGUGGAGCAGCGCGCACGUGACUCCGCAGCACAGCGCGCACACGACACCUUAUGUGAGCCCCCUUGGUAGCGCGCAUGCGAGCCCAAUGCGCGGGUCCCUCCUUAAUUCAUGCGGCAGGGCGGAGGAGAAGCAGCACAAGCCGCUGCACGCGGCGCAUCUGCUCCAAGGGGAUGCAGCCGCGCAGCACAGCGCCAGCCCGCUCAAGCCCAGACACCCAGGCAGGGAGGAGGGUGGAGCCAAGGGAGCAGGGGCGCAGGCAGGGGUGGGGGUGGUGGAGGCCGCGGGGAGCAGCCCCCUAAGGCGCAGCCAUGGGCGCAGGCACUCCACGAGUGACGCUGUGGGCGCAGUGGGCGCACUGGAAGCGGUUGAGGCGCUCAUUGGCGCGCAGAGGGUGCUCAGCAUGGCUGAGGGGACCAGGGGGAGGGGGAGGGCGGAGGGGGAGGGGGGGGAGAUGGGAGAGCAGGGGAAGGCGCAGAGAGGGGAGGGCGGGCAGGGGUGGGCGGAGGCACUGGUGGAGAAGAUGAGGCAGCUGAGCCCGCUGCGGGGCAGAAGCCCGUUGAAGGGGCGGAGCCCGCUUAGAGGGAGGAGCCCCAAGUCACAGCGAGUGCAUGCAGCAGAGGACAGCCAUGGGCGCAGCAGCAUGGGCGUGCGGCAGGAGGGAGAGCGCAGCCCUGACCUGGCACGGCCGCCCUCUGCUGUGCCCAGGAGAAGCAGUCUCAGCCCUCCCCGGGUGAUACCUGACAGCAGUCUGAGCCCGCCCCGCCCGCCCAUGCUUCACCCCCCCACCCCCGUGCUCUUCGCCACCAAGCCCACAUUCACGCCCUGCCAGCCCAUUCCUCGCCACAUCGACGCCCAGCCGCGCAUGGCCCAGGCGAGCCCUCCUGUGAGGCACGGGAUGAGAGGCGGAGAGAACAACCCAGAGGUGAGCUGGGAUGUGGGGAGGGAGGAGGAGAGGCAGGAGCUGCAGGGACAGGAGGAGGAGGAGCAGCAGCAGCAGCAGCAGCGUGGAGGGAGGGAGGAGGCACGGAAGGAGUUGAAGCGCAAGGAGUGUGACAAGGCCAAGGAGACCAGCGGUCGCGAGCGCAGCCCUCUGAGGCGCCUGCUGAGCGCCAUGUCCCUGGAUUCAGGCGCCCACGCUGGCAGGCCGCGGCGCGCCAUGGACGACAGCAUGGUGGGGCGCAAGGCCAAGGGCCGUGCGGCAGAAGCAAGGGCAAGUGGUGCUGCAGAGGCGUUGGCAGCAGGUGCAGAGGCAAGCGCGACAGGCGACUUGGAGUGCCGGGCUGCUCUGCAGGCGUUCAGGCGGCGCGUGGAGGUGCUGAAUGGGGAGUGCCUCUUCAACUGGUCCACUGCUACUGCUGGCAAGGAGGAGAGGCGAGCCAGCAUGUGGAAGCCGGAUCUCCCGGAUGUGCAGGAGGCGUGUGAUGCCGGGUCGUUUGCGGCGCCCAUCACACGCCACAAGCGCACACUGUCUGCUCAAAUCACAAGCUGGCUCAUCUAGGAGCAGAUCAUGUUAUGGGAGCUCCACAAGUCCAGCAGACAAAAGGAGCAAUCAUGUCAUGUGGGUGCACAUGCUGUAGAAACAUCCCCAUUUAUUUUAUCCUAGUGGUAGAAUAUUGUUCCUCGUCGGAUUCGAUAUGCAGGUUUUCUAGCAUCUAUGAUCAAUUCGCACGCAUGUGAUUACCCAUAGCUUUCUAUUAUUGCUAUUUAGCAUGAUUUAUGG